CGCUGCGGCUUGAGGUCUGCCGCGACGCCGCCAUGGCUGCGGUUUCCAAGACAACGGCGUUCACCGAGCGGCCGCGAACCGGAAGGGGCCGGAACUCGCGGGGAUGGACCAGCGACUCGAAAUUGACUUCCGGGUCACGGCGGCGCUGGUCCUCACGUGGAGGCGGGGAGGUUUGGCCUGCAGGAAUGAUCACCAAGACCCAUAAAGUUGACCUGGGUCUUGGGGUCCCAGAGAAAAAGAAAAAGAAGAAAAAGAAGAAGGUGGUCAAAGAGCCAGGCACUCACUACUCAGUUUUAAGCUGUGACGAUUAUUUUGUUGAUGCUUCUCCUGUUAGGGCUGCAUCCCCCUCUAAGAACGUGGGCCAGGCGCAAGCGCAUGAGGUGCCUCUAGUGAAGAAAAAAAAGAAAAAGAAGGGCCGCGGCACCCUUUUCGAGGAGCAGCUGGAUUCGGAGCCCAGGCUGAGUGCCAGACGGACAGAGGCCUCACCCAGCCGCUGCAAGAAGCAAGCCCUUGGCCGCUCGGAGUCCUUCAGCAAGGAGAAGAAAAAGAAGAGGAAGUCUUCAUCGCUCAUCCCGUCCCAUGGCUCAGUGACAAAGACCUCCCAAGACACCAGAAACGGUGAGGAGGUGACCAGAGUUGGGAAGAAGCUCAGAAAACACAAGAAGGGGAAAAAGUCCGAGGACAUUGCAGCCUUCUCCAGCCAGGACCCGUGGCUCUACGAGGCUGGAGAUGCCCCCUAUGCGGGCUCCCUGGAGAACGAGGUCCAGGAGCAGGCAGCCUCAGGGCAGAAACGGAAGCAGGGGAGCCCCAGAGAAAGCAGCGCAAAGCUGAAGAAGAAAAAGAAAAUCCAUCAGGAAGGAGAUGCCCUGCUGGGCCACUCCACACUCCCCAGGGCCACAGAGAGCAGCCCUAGGAAAGGGAGGAAGAAGAAGCCGGUCUCAGUUGAUGUCCAAGAAUACAUUCCAAUAGGAGAUGGCCCUUUAUCCCCAGUGAAGAAGAAGGUGAAGUCCAAGAAGAAGGCAGAGCAGCCAGUCGUAGAGGAGCUGACUCUGAAAAGGAAGAAGAAGAAGAGGAAAGAGAGUGGGGUAGCAAAAGGCCCCUGGAAGGAGGAACCCGACACAGACUUGGAGGUGGUGCUGGAAAAGAAGGGCAACAUGGACGAGGCGCACAUAGACCAGGUGAGGCGAAAGGCCUUGCAGGAAGAGAUCGAUCGCGAGUCUGGCAAGACGGAAGCUUCUGAAGCCGGCGGGAACUGGACGGGAACCCAGUUUGGCCAGUGGGAUACUGCUGGUUUUGAAAACGAGGAGCAGAAACUGAAAUUUCUCAAACUUAUGGGUGGCUUUAAGAAUCUGUCCCCUUCCUUCAGUCGCCCGCCCAGCAUGAUUGGAAAGCCCAACAUGGCCAUGAGCAAGAAGGCCGCGGACACCCUGCAGCAGAACCUGCAGCAAGACUACGACAGGGCCAUGAGCUGGAAGUACAACCGGGGGGCCGGCCUCGGCUUCCCCACCACCCCGAGCAGAGUCUUCUACAUCGACAGGAACGCUUCCAAGUCUGUCAAGUUGGAAGAUUAAACUCUAGCGUCUUGGCUCCCCAAACAGCCCAAAUUGCUUUUCUUAUUUACUUUUGCAGAUGCAAGCCACCCAACAGUCCUCGAUGGGCUUGGACGGACAGGUGGGGACAGUUCAUGAGUUGGCAGCCAAGUGAAUGCGUGAGUGGCUGAAACCGCCUGUCUGUCAAAGCUUCCAUCCUGUUGGGCAACACCUGUGUUAAUGAUAGUGGCUCAGAGUCAGGGUGCAGCACAGGCCAGGCACGUGGCAUCCCUGCACCAAUGUAUUUAAUCAUGAUUGUGAAGUAGGUGCUAUCAUCCCUCCUACAGAUGAGAGGCAGCCGAGGUUCAGGGAUAAAGUAAUAAGGCCGCUGGGGGUCGCCAUGCACUUUUGUACCCCAGGCCCUUAGUCACACUUAGUGCUCUGAAUGCCCCAUCCAGGGACUUUACUGAGAUUGGAGGAAACAGAAGUUUUGUAACAUCUAAAUCUCACACAGGGAUGGAAUUCCUGAUGAAGAGCAAGCUCAUCUUCCUUCCCGCGACAGAGUAGCUACAAGCAAAGAGGUGUCUGAGGUGCCACCAAGCAGAUGUGGCUGUGUUACUGGGAGAUCACCUCUGUCCCAGCUGCUGUCUUUUCAUCUAAGUGCGGAGUUGGAUUUGACGUCCUUGUGCGCCCAUCCACUGGAUUUUGGACACGGCAUCUUAGAGAGCAUUAGUCAUGCCAGUCAACCAGUGGCACAUUUCCAGGGAUGCAGCUCAUGAUUUCCCUUGGUCGUAAAGAGAGAUCCUGGGUGACUGCUGUGGUGGAGACCCAGGCCCGAGAGCAUGACAUGGAAGUGUCAUCAGCUGUGGCAUGGCUUCCAGCUUGGGUUCUAAAGAGCCCCAGGUACCAUGACCUGGGUGACAGGUGCUGCCUUCUUUCCACUUGGUAGCAUUCUGCAUCUGAAUGGAGGAAUGUUCCAGUGAAGCCAAAGCAAAUCUCAUACUUGACCUUUCUCCUUUGAUCUUUUCAACAAUCUAGUUGAGCUGUUUUCUUUAGGAAAAGGAAUUAAAUGGUGAUAUAUGCUUUUCCUAAGUCUUCCGAGGUGCUUUAGGCACAUUCAAUUCCAGAUUUUAGUGCUUCUCUAACUCGAGGGUACAGUACACCGAGUGGGUGCCGUAAUGCACACCUGUAACCUCGGCAUCUGAGGCCCUUAAUAAUGUAGCAAAACCCUGUCUCAAUGAAAAAGGCUGGGAAUGUAGUGUAGUGGUCAAGUGCCCCUGGGCUCAAUCCUUAAUACUCCCCCUCCCCCAGAGGACUGCUUUUCCCAAGUUAUUUUAUGAAACACCAGAAGCAUAUUCCAGGAAAGAAAGUUCUCGCAUCCCUUUGUUACUCCCUAAAGGCCACUUGGGCCUCCCUGGUGCUUACUUAGGAACCAAAAGGCCACUUGUGCAAAGAAACGCGCAAGAGAGAGGCUGCUCGCUGCCCGGAGGACGAGAUUUGAUUUUAAUGCUCUGAUGAUUCCCUCAUUUUCAUUGUCAGAAUAACCUGGGGAGAGGCCAAAGCUUAAGCCAACCUGUGUGUAAAUGAAAGUAAAAAGGAAACUCGGAUCCCGGCAGGAGUUUCAGGCAAUACAGGUGCUCUCUGGGAGGGAGCUGCCAGGGUGCACUGGGUUAGGUCCUGGUCUGCAGCGGGAGCCUCAGGGCCAGCUCGGUCAGAUGGUUCAUGUCUGGCUGUUUGCUUCGCUUCUUGAUGUAUUCUAGAGUCUUCACCUAAGAAGAAAAAGAUCGUCUCAUUUUUGGUUCCUAACUCUCCUGGCAGCCUAGUUCUCUAGUGGCCUGGCAGUGUGCUUAUAGAGAACAGCAGUGGGGGGAAAUCGGAGUCUUGGAAGUAAAACUUCUUACAUCAUGAAUUGCCCCUAAAAAAUUCAGGAUUUGUAUGUGACCAGGAAUGACUGAAGAUUUUAAUGGAUGAGGUUUUUAUAAGGAGUAAACAAACCACCCAUAUUAAAAACUUGAGUUGGUUUUUAAUUGAAAGUUACCGCCUAUAAAUUCAUGCUUUUAACACUAGGAAUUCUCAGGCCUGGACCUUUUUUUCUUUUUGGUGCCAAAACCUGAGCUCCCGGUGCCCUUCUGAAAGGGGAGACGGGCAGUCUAGGUCCAGCCCUGACGCUGUGCUGAUGCCGGCCCAUGAGUGCCUUACCAUGGUCCUGGUGUCUGCACAGCCGUGCCUUUGUGCCAGGUGCCACAGGUUGACUGAUAGCUGAUUGAGCUUGUUGUUGCGCAGGUCCCCGUGGGCUAUGAUGCUGUUGAAGAAAGACAGGCCCAGCAAGCUCUGGCGCUUCAGGGCCUGGGGGGGUGUGGGGGAAGGGUGGAGAUGGUUACAGCCUUGCACUGGGGCUCAGGACAGGUCUAGCAAGGACCUUGUUCAUUCGCCAACUCUGCCCCAUCAGCCUACCCAUGCCAGAGCCCACGGUGGGCAUCAUGGUCAGCAGCUUAGCUGACUCAAAGGGCCUAAUGGAGGACUGGAUCAUGCCACAGUACCCCAGCCAACAAACAGGAGAGGAGGUGACACCUUGGUAAGGAGAAGCCACCUGCACGGGUCCUGCCCCAAAUGAAUCAGGCUACACAAAGACCUCGCCAAGAGUCUCCCAAGAUCCUUUCAACCACAUUUCAAUAUAGCAAGGGAAGAUUUUUUAAGAAAUUAAAAAAUUAUCUUCCUGGCAGGCUGUUGCAUAAUUCCUCAAUAAGGAUUCUAUCCCCCAGAGCUCAAUUCUCAAGGUUCUAACACCAGUCUGUUGAAGUCACAUCACUGGAGACCUGGGAGGACCGGCUUCGGAUAAGCAGUAUUACAGCUGGACCAGGCUGACCCCCGUCCUCCAGAGGCUUGAGAUAGGAGAAAGCUGCUUUUCCUGCGAGAACUGUCACUUCCAGGAAGUGGGGAGAGCCUGGCAGCCUUCCUGGCUCCACCACAGCCAACUUCGUAAGACUCCAGACAGAAAAGGGGCUGGCUCCUUCACGUGCCCACGGGGGACAAUUCUGGAAGCAGGCAUUCUAGCAGUGCCAGGGUACUGGGGUUUCCAACAGUGGGCCUCUGCUUGGCUUGGCUCCUGGGGUGACCACUGGAGGAUUCUGAGAGUUGUCCCUACUGAACUUUAUGUGGCGUUGGUAAAGGAUGUGUUCAAUUUCAGUUUGGUCUACCCAUAUUUUUCUAAUAAACACACACAUAGACACA